AUGAGCACCAACGAAAACGGUGCAUCAGACGGAGCUAGCGAAGGCGAAUCGCGUCGAUCACCGUUGAUCCGCCCCAGCGCUUUUACACCAGCGCAACCCUUCGCAUCAGCGCACGACGUCAAUGCACAACGCUUGCAUCUACAACCGCACCGAGGACCAGCGGGGUCAUCGCUCGGCGUACCAGCGGCGCCAUCGCUCAGCAUAUCGCCGACGCCAUCGCUGCACCCAGAAGGAGCGUCAUCUCAGGAAGCAGGAUCGUCCCCAGACAGCGCGAUGAUCUACCAAAUGCUGCAAUUAAUGCAGAAGCAGAUGGCCCAACAGCAGCAAAUGAUGUCGCAAUUAAUGCAAUUGCACCCGCUCCCGCAAACGUCGCAGCCCCAGCAGCAUUCGCAGCAGCAGUCUUUCGUCCCGCAGCAGCAGUCUUUCGUCCCGCAGCAGCAGCCCGAGCUUACCAUGGAUGCUUUGGCGAGCAGCAUUUCCGAGUUUCGGUACGAGGCCGAGUCGGACGUUACGUUUUCCGCCUGGUUUUCACGUUACGACGACCUGUUUAAGCAGGACGCCUCCCGACUCGACGACGCGGCGAAAGUUCGUUUACUCGUGCGUAAGCUGGGCACGACAGAGCAUUCACGGUAUACCAGCUUUAUCCUUCCACGAGUUCCGCGCGAUGUGAGUUUUCAAGACACAGUCAGCAUAUUGAGUUCGCUUUUCGGAAGGGCUGAGUCGCUUGUCAGCAAACGAUACAAAUGCAUGAAGCUGACAAAAGCGCAAUCCGAAGACAUACUCACAUUCAUCUGCCGCGUGAACCGAUCGUGCGUCGACUACCAGUUUUCGUCCAUGAGUGAGAAUCAGUUUAAGUGUUUGACGCUCGUGUGUGGACUAAAGGAUGAGGCUGAUUCAGACAUCCGCACACGACUUCUCGCACGCAUCGAGGAACGAAGUGACGUUACUUUGGAGGAUCUUGCAGCAGAGUGCCAGCGGAUAAAGAGCCUGAAGGUUGACAGCGCGAUGAUUGGAACGGAGUCGCGUGAACGAGUCCUUGCAGUGCACGGUGCAGGUAUGCAGUCGAACCAGCGGUACCAUCGAUCGGGCACGCAACCAGCUAAUUUCCGGAAGCAGAAAUCGAGUGAUUCCGGAGCAUCGGCGAAACCAUCGAAACCCUGCUGGGUUAACGACAGACGAAAAUACGUCAACCUGACCAUAUGUGGUCAACACGUGAGCUUGCAGCUGGACACUGGGUCGGACAUAACAGUCAUCAGUCGCUCGUUGUGGCAACAACUGGGCAAACCAUCGUUAGUUCCGGCAGAGGUCAACGCUAGGACAGCAUCGGGUGAGGAGCUUCAACUCGACGGUGAAUUCGAAACCAGCAUUGAAAUGGCAGGUAAAACGAGGGAAGCUAUCAUUCGGGUGACGCGAGCAAACAUUUUAUUGUUGGGUGCUGAUCUCAUCGAUCAAUUUGGUCUCAGUUCGCUACCAAUGGAUAGCUACUGCAAAAUGGUAUCGUCAAGCGGCUACAUCAAGGGUCUCCAAGCUAAAUUUCCGACAGUUUUUAGCGGUACGGGGCUAUGCACUAAAAGCCGCAUCCACUUGCAGUUGAAAGAAGACGCUCGACCCGUGUUUUGUCCAAAAAGGCCUGUCGCUUAUGCCAUGAUUGAGACGGUCAACAAAGAGCUGGAUAGGUUGGAACAAUUGAAUAUCAUCACGCGCGUAGACUUUUCCGAAUGGGCAGCCCCGAUCGUAGUCGUACGAAAGGCAAAUGGCAACAUCCGCAUCUGUGGCGACUACUCGACUGGCUUAAACGAUGCGCUUCAGCCACUCGAAUAUCCAUUGCCAUUGCCCGAAGAUAUUUUUUCGAAGCUUGCGCACUUGCGCUCCAAACCGACCACCGUCCCUUAUUACGCAUCUUCGGCUCAAAGAAAGGCAUCCCAGUAUUCACAGCGAAUAGACUGCAACGCUUUGCGCUAA